AGAAUCUCCUUUUUUCCUUUUUAGUUCUUGUCUGGGAAUCAUUUACAGUCUUAAUACUGUAGAACUCAUAAAUAUUAAGGCCAUACCGCCGUUCGUUGAUUGCAAGCUAGGGCCAUCUAUCGACAUCUGUUUACUCUAUCGGGGCGGAUCCUAAAUUGCCGCGACGUGGCGCAGCUUGUAUCUUGAAACUUCAGUGCCGGAGGCCCAUUACAUGCUUUCUACCCGACGGCUGCUGCUACGGUCCUGAUAACGUCCGUAUUUCAGCGCGCCUCUCGUCUCGCAGAGAGCUAUGACCGAAGAACUGGUCAUCGUGGACACGGACGUGGGCGUGGACGACGCGAUGGCGCUCCUGCUGGCCCUGUCCAACCCGUCCCACUGCAGGGUGCUGGCCAUCACGUGCGUCGCAGGCAACGUGGACCUGCCUAGGGUGUACACCAACACCCUGCGCAUCCUCAACUUCUGCAAACAGCUGCAGAUUCCUGUCUACCGGGGCUGCGAGCGUCCACUGGUGCAAAAGGGGGUGACGUGCCCCCAGUGCCACGGCCAGGACGGGCUGGGCGGCGUGGCCGAACAGCUGCCUCUGCCGGACAACCACGCGGAGGAGCCUUGCAAGCACGCCUCGGCCGCCAUGGUGGAGCUGGUCCGGGCCCAUCCAGGCUCGGUCACCCUGGUCGCGCUGGGGCCCCUCAGCAACGUGGCGCUGGCGCAGCGGCUGGACCCCGGAUUCCUGGGCGCCCUGAAGCGUCUGGUCAUCAUGGGAGGCACCUUUGACGCCCGGGGCAACGAGACGGCCGUCGGAGAGUUCAACUUCGCAUGGGAUCCUGAAGCGGCCAGCGUGGUCCUCAGCGAGGCCGAGUGCGAGACCAAACUCCUCACCUUCGAACUUUGUCUACAACACACCAUCGACUGGGCCUGGUACGACCGGUGGGUUAGCGGCGACUCUCCCAAGGCGCGGCUGGUGAAGGCGGUGACGGAGUGCACGAAGCAGCGCCAGCGCCUCGAGCUCCACCAGCGGGGCUUCUCGUGCUGCGACAUGCUGGCCAUGGCGGCCGCGCUGCAUCCCUCGUUGGUGACGCGCUGCGAGGCGUUCCCCGCCUGGGUGGAGCUUCACGGCGCCACCACUAGGGGCAUGUUGGUGGUGGACCGGCGGCCCAGCAUCAAAUGGAACCACGGGCGCCCGCCCCACGUCCAGUUCCUUCUAGGGUUCGACGUGGAGGCGCUCAAGGAGCUCUACGAGCAGAUGCUGCGCUGAGCCAACGCCUUUUUUACACGUUGGCACCUCAAGAACCAUGGAACAAAAAAAAAAAAAAAAGUUCGGCUUUUUGCGGAGCAUUACUAAUUUUCCCCCUUAUGUGGAGCAUUGAGGUAUAUGUAGGUGCAUUUUAUAUUAAAUAUGUGUUAUCUUAUCAAGAAGUGCAUCUUUCAAACGCCA